UUUUCUAAAAUGGAUUAAAGAAACUGGACUCAAGUAAAAGGAAUAAACCCAAAGAAGCCGGGUGUAAUCCCUUCAGUCUCCAGCAGUUUGAGCUGUGGAGGAAGAAGAAGCUCCUGUCAGAUUAAUCCUCUUAGCUCCUCCGUUAAUCCUCCACACACCACUCACCUCACCAGGAGCACAACAUGUACAAAAUGUACGGCACCCGGUGGGAAGAGGCGAGCAGCGGCGACACAAACUCUCUCAACUCCUCCUUUUGGUCCGACGGAGAGAGACAGGAAGACGAAGAAGAGGUAAAAGUGGAGGUUGAGCGAGUGAUCCGGAAGGAAGACUUCCAACCUGAGGAGGAAGAGAUUGAGAGAGUGAACCGGAAGGAAAACUUCAAACCUGAGGAGGAAGAGAUUGAGAGAGUGAACAGGGAGGAAGACUUCAUAUCUGUUAGUGAUGCAGAGGAAACGUACCAGGAGGAAGAGGACAAGAUUAAGGGAGUGACCGGCAAGGAAGUGUCCAAAUCUGUCAGUCAUACAGACCAGGAUUCCCCAGAGAAGGAUGAGGAAGUGCAACAGCAUGAGGAAGACUCUGAUAGUGUUGGGAAUGAGAAGGACUCUUACCAGGAUGAUGAAGAUGGGAUUAAGCGAGGGGUUUGUUCAGAUGCAGAGGACUCUCUCCAAGAGACUUCAGAGGACGAAGAGAUGAGCGAGGAAGACUAUGAAAGUGUUGGCGAUGCAGAGGACUCUUACCAGGAAUCCUCAGAGGAGGAAGAGGAGGUGAAUAAUGAGCGAGUGAUUGACAAGGAAGAGUCUAAAUCUGUCCGGCAUGCAGAGGAGUCUCACCAGGAAUCCCCAGAAGAGGAAGACUCUGAAGUUGUGGCCAAUGCAGAGGAAUCUUACCAGGAGGAAGAGGAGGAAAUUGAGCGAGUGAUGGUCAGCGAAGUGUCCAGAAGUGUUAGCGACGCAGAGGAAUCUUACCAGGAUUUCUUCGAGAGUGAAGAGGAGGUAGACAUGAGUGAGGAAGACUCUGAAACCUGUGGGCAUGCAGUUGAGUCUUACCAGGAGAAAGAAGGGAUGAUGAAGCCACCGAUUUGCAAGAAAGAGUCCAACCCUGUUGUGGAUGCAGAGGAUUCUUUCCACGAGACUUCAGACGAGGAAGAAAUGAGCGACGAAGACUCGGAAGCCUUUGGCGAUGCUGAGGACCAUGAGACUUCAGAGGAGGAAGAGGACCAGAUAAAUCGAGUGAUCGACAAGAAAGACUCCAAACCUGUUGAUGAUACAGAGAACUCUUACCAUGAAACAUCGGAGGGUAAGAAGGUGGAGAUUAAACAAAGGAUCAGCCAGGAAGAAUCCAAAGCUGCUGCCCAUGCUGAGGACUCGCUUCAUGAGGCUUCAGAGGAGAAAAGUCCAGAUCUGAACAACCAUAGAAGAAUCAGCAGGAAGAGUUUUGAAGGUGGAAGAAGUGAUGAUGAAGAAAAUGUUACCUCUGAUAGUCCAGCUCCAAGUCUGAUGACCUCCGACUACGGCACCUACAGACCGGAGGAGCAAGAGGGAGGAGAGUACAGGGACGACCAAACCAUCGCAGAGUUCGAUCAGGACAGUCGAGGAGAUCUGUCGGAGAUGAGAGGCGAGGAGGAGGACGGUCGCUCGCUCUUCAGCUUCGGAGGGUUUGACAUCGAACCCACCAGCGAAGAAGACGUCGAGAAUCGUCCUCUGAGCGUGUUAGCGGACGAAGAGCCAGAAGCUAACGUUGGGAAUGAGGGUGUUUUGAAAGAAGAGGUUGAGGUGAAACCAGACGAAGAUAAAGCCCAGGCAGAGGAGGAGAAAUAUGAAGGGGAUCUGCAUGCAGCGUCUGAUGAGCUGAAAGACAGAUUGGACGGGAGUAACAUGAGAGAUGGGAGUGAUGAUGCAGAGAAACAAAAUGAAAGGCUCCAAGAAGAAAAGCAGGACCAUAAGGAGGAGUCGGAUGAUCUGGAGGAGUCUUCCAGCAACAAAGACAUCAAGUUCAUCGACUCUAAAGUGGAUUUCAGCCAGAUGUCGUACAACGAGAUGUGUGCCGAGUGGGAGGGGAACCUCAGACACAGGCCGGACGCAGCGAGCUUUCUGGAGGAGCGUCUGGACGAUCUGCGUUUAUCUCCGUCGGCUCAGCGGGACUUUGAGACUGCGAACGAAGACGCCAGCGGUCAGAGCGACACGCAGAGCUCGGAGCUGGAGGAUGGCUCUAUGAGUGCCUUUGAAUCCUACAUCAGAGGCAUGACUCGGGCUAAAAGUGACGGCGACCUCCGGCCCAAACCUAAAUCCUUCAUCAGACCAGUGAUGAGUCAGCAAACUCUAAAGAAGACGGACCCGGUUGCCAAGUACUUCCAGUAUAAGCAGCUCUGGGAAAUGUUCAAACUUCCAGGAGAGAGCGACAGGAGAGCCAUCCGCAUGGAGAUAAAGGAACAACUUGCAUACCAACCCCCCCCGCCUAAACCUCGGAGGGUCUUCGUGCCGAACACCUACGUGGUGCCGACGGAGAAGAAGCGCUCCGCUCUGCGAUGGGAGAUCAGGAACGAUUUAGCCAACGGGCUGCUCCCGCACAGAUUCAGCUACAGAUAACCAGCCUUACACUCUUUUUAAAUACAGCUUUUUUUAUUACAAUUGGCAUUAUUUAUUGUUGGACAUAAUAAACACAUGAAGAAAACA